AUGGAUGGCACGAUCCCUCCCGUCUUCUCCACUACUCUCACCAGCCUUGAUCUGCAGGGGAAUCAAUUCUCCGGUCGCAUUCCGCAUUUCCUUGGCUACCUCUCCAGUCUGCAAUACCUGAGCAUUCGACACAACAACAUGCAAGGGCCCUUCCCGAGUGCUGUGCUCACACUUACCACCCUUGAAUCCUUAGAUAUUGGACAAAACGAAUUUUCAGGGUCCAUUCCUGCAGACAUCUCCAAGCUCACGCGGUUGAGGGAUCUAUAUCUAGACUACAACAGUUUUCACGGGGAGAUUUCAUGGAUCUCCACUCUUUCGACUGUGGAAACCUUGUCGUUGCAAUACAACAAAUUCAACGGGCAGCUGCCGGGUACCCUGUCCUUGAUUGCUUUAAACUCACUGAUGCUCCAGAACAAUGGUUUCUCAGGAUCGUUGCCUGAUUUUUCAAAGUGGUCUACUUCCCUAAUGGCUCUGAAUCUCAGGGCCAACAAUUUCACAGGGUCCAUCCCAGACUCCAUCAGUGCUCUGACUAGUCUUUUUGUCUUUACCGUGAGCAGAAAACAACUCUCGGGAACAAUCCCAGCAGCUCUGUUGAGCUUAACGAGCCUGGCUCUUGUUGACCUUGCUUCCAACAGCUUUUCAGGACCCUUGCCUUCGUCCAUUGGUGCACUCUCCAAUCUCGCUAAGCU